GAAAACAGUUCAGUAAGAAACGCCGCCUCUCGGCACAGCUAGAGCGCGCGAUAGCGUAAAACCCGCACUGUAAACGACGGGCGCUAAAGCUAACGUUCUAGUCAUCGUUAUGCUAACGGCGCGUUUUCGAUAGCUGGCGAAGACGUAGCUUUGCUUUGUUUUGUUAGCUACACCUUGUCGAUGAAUGGAGCCAUCACAGCAGUCAGGCCCCGAUUCAUGCUCCCAAGACGUCAAUCCUGUGUUUCUGCAGCAGCUCAGAGAGUUGGACAUCCCAGAAGAGGCAGCCAAACAGGCACUUCAACACACUCGGAACGUGUCUGCAGAAGAGGCGGCUAUGUACUACUUCAACAAGCUGGAGAAUGAGGAAGUGGGAGAUGAUGACCUUACAUUUAAAAUGGUGUUCGUGGUGAACAUGGACCUUGCGAUGGGUGUUGGAAAGGUGGCCGCCCAAGUUGGCCAUGCAGCGGUUGGGUUGUACCAGGCUCUACAGGACAAGAACAGCUGGCGGGAGAUGGCUUGGAAGUGGGACAACCGUGGAGCCAAAAAGGUGGUACUCCAGGGCACCAAUGUGGCUCAUCUGUUGGAGCUGCAGGCCUUGGCUAUGAGCCUCAACCUACCUACCUACCUGGUCCAGGAUGCAGGCCUCACGCAGGUGGAAGCUGGUUCGCGCACUGUUCUGGCUGUCAUGGGUGAGGAGGAGGUGGUGAACAAUGUUACUGGCAGUCUGAAGUUGCUCUAAGGGCUCAACCCUGCAGUGAGUGCAACCAGCAGAUGGCAGCAUUUACCAGCAACAGGGAAAGUCUUGAGUGUGUAACAACCUUAAAAAAAGACCUGAAGGAGGGAAACAGACAUGUCCCAACACCAGAGAACUUAAUUCAGCCAUUUGUUUUCCCUUUGUUCUUUGUCUGAGCUGCUUAGUUGACUAAUAAGAGCAGGAGGAUUAAGAGAGACUGGUUCCCUAACUAAGGAACAUUAGCUGAACUCCCUUUUUAAUGGGCACCUACUUAAAAACAGUUACAUUUGAAUAAAAUAAAUUUUAAUAAAUUUUCAAACACAUAUAGUUUGUCAUUUUUAGUGAAUUUGGAAGACUUGAUUAGGUAUUCAAAAAAAAAAACAAAUGAUGUCAUAAUAUGCUAGUUAGGCCUAUUAAAGGGGCCACAUCCUGUAGACUAAUACAUUAUCAUUAGUCUCAUACCCACAGCAGAUCUUAACUUUUUCACUCCCUAAGAGAAGGGUAACUUAUUUCUCAUGUGUAAAGACUCAUUUUUAAUGUUUUAAUGAUUUUGUCUGUAUGCAACUAUUCUCCCAAAGAUACUUAUCCUGUAAUCUCAACGACAUUACUUCCUUAUAAAUGGCUAUAUUUUGUAUACGUGACAAUACUGUUUAAUCUGUGCUAUGCCAUUCUAAAGAGAAUGCACAACUAGUGGGCUGUGUUGUAAUGUUUUUUUUUCUUCUUAAUGCAAACAGGGAAGAAAGCCAAAACAUAACCAACCCAAGUUAUGUUUUGGAAUUAUUGUUAGAACGUUGUGGUCAGAGGUUCUGUGGAGGUGGAGGGUAAUGUCUGAGCUCAGCCUGAUUUUAUGCAGUUGGCCUGGGAGGUGGUUUGCAAUAAUCUGGUAUAUUUACAGCUUGGGAGAAUGCAGAUAACAGUGUGGAUUUAAUAUAUUGCACACUAAUAAUAAAGAAUUAUGUGAGCUGUCA